AUGUGCGUUCUUACCGUACUCGGUUGGUAUGCUAUGGUGACCGGACAGUCGGUUGUCCUAUAUUCACGCCUUCAUCUUGUGACAAGUGAUGCGAAAAAUAUUCGAUGGGUGCUAUAUAUGAUCAUCAUCAAUUUCUGCAUCCUACAUGUUCCGGUCACCAUCCUAUUUCUUGGCAGCAAUGCGAAUGUGAAGAAUUUUGUCGAGCCCUUCAAUAUCUACGAGAGAAUCCAGCUUGCUGGAUUCUCCACGCAGGAAAUCAUCAUCAGCUGCCUCUAUAUGUGGGAGGCAACUAAGAUGCUGAAGCCUAUACUCGGCAUCGUUCACCUCCGUUCUCAAGGCACCAUGGUCCACCUUCUUAUCGUUAACAUCCUUGUGGUUCUCUUGGAUGCCUCUCUGCUUGCAACAGAAUACAGCAACAACUUUGACAUUCAGACGACUUAUAAGACAGUUGUUUACAGCAUUAAGCUAAAGAUGGAGUUCAGCGUUCUUAAUCGCCUAGUUCGCUUGGCUCAAUCUCGCUACCCCUUGGACAGUUGUGUUUACCAGGACCGAUGGCCGGAACCCCAGACGCAUUGUGGUGAUAUUGUUCAGCAAACACAUAGUCUAUAG